CCACAAGAACAGAUACUGUUUUGUGAAAUCGUCCAGCUUGGUUCAAACACCUUCUCCACAGCUCUGUCCCCAGUUGACUGACCUUGCUGAGCCUGGAGCAGAGUUCCCAGUUUGACGUACCUGGGGACUGAGAAAGGCCUGUCAGAGCAGCAGAGGAGCUGCUGUGGGUUUCUCUUUGGAAUUUCCCAGGUGGGGAUGUCUAGGAUGCAGUUUUGCGAAGCCAGAGACACACCCUGGUUUGCUCAGUGAAAAGCAGCCGCUGAUCGGAGCCCUGCCCAGCGAGUGCUGGCGACUAACGGCUUGGAGGUGAUUCCUUGCAUGUUUGGGCUCUCCGAAGACCUUUGCAGAAAUGCUGCCGUUAUUCCAAAGUCUGGGCUUCCUCCUUUUGGUUGGUUGGCAGGUUGCUAUUGCAGAUUCUGCUGGGACAUACCUGUGCUCCAGCUACCCUGUCAAUGAAUCUGCCGUGUGUGCUUCAGUGAAGAGGGUCAGUCAAGAGAUGCUUCUCAAGGUAGCUCAUGGCCAAGCUUCCCCCUGCAGCCUCACUUUUGGGCAAUAUGCCUGCGCGCAGAGUGCUUGGCUCCAGGACCUUCAGGAUGAUUUUCUCAUAUCCUUAUAUUCUUGCCUUAUCCCUAAACCUGCCAGUCCUAUGGAUGCGGAAUACUCUGUUUUGUUCUUUUCCAAGUAUGAUGCCAAGAAGCUUAUAGCUGCCCUGACUAUGUUCAGCCGGCGGUUUUCUCAUGUGCCUCUUUCUCUUGAGUGGAACAUGGUCUUCAUUAAUGGCCUGUGGGAGAAGAUGUUGCAAACACCCAACAUAGACAGCCCACCUAUUUUGUCUCAGUGGGUCCAUGAGGGGCUUCAGCCAUUCCUGGUGGAACCCAAGGUCUUUGCUUGCCUCCAUGCCAAAAACAUCGUGUGUGAGACCUUUCAGAACAUAGUCGCUGCCCUGAAUGACAUAUAUUCGGACCUUCCAGUGGAAGAACAGAGGAGGAUUUACUCUGGAAUCAAAUACUAUCUCACCCAGGAUGGAUCAAACCAGAAAUGCUACAGUGCAGCCGUUCCAGGUCUGAAUUCCACUGCAUGGUUUGAAAAUUAUCUGGGAUCCUUUCUGGAACAUGCUACUGUUGAAGACAUGCAGCUUUUUGGUGAUGAACCAACGCUUCAAAAAUUUGCCAGGGAUCCAGUCAAUAUACAGCUGAUCAGCAGCCUCACCUUGCUGCGGGAGACAGCUGUGUACUACACCUGGCUGCUGACCUCCGGACCUGGUUUUCCCUUAUCGAGUGUCCCAGACAGACUGGUUUGCUACCUGAGCCCCUCAGCAGUGAGCAACCUGAGCAGAGAUGACGCUCUGAGCUUGGCCCAGAGGAUCACUAAGAACUGCCCGUGGAACCUGACACACAGAGGAAUAACUAGGAAGCGAGCUCCCUCCUCCCUUCCCGCAGAGGAACUGCAGGUUGCAUCCUCUUUGGUGAGAAAGUUUGAGCAUUUCUCUGCUGAGAUCCUGCAUGCACUGGGCCAGGCUGCAGUUGGGCUGUCUGUAUCCGACAUCCAGAACAACAUCCAUGAUAAGGACCUUGAAGCAUCUAUUCCUGCCCUGGGUGAAGUUCGCGGCUGGAACGCUGAGCAGUCCAGCACUAUUAUCAACAAACUGCUCAGCUCUGGCUAUCAGAUCCUGGAUGGACAGAGCCUGGCAAAGCUGGGGAGCUUGGUGGCUGGUCUCAACAGCAGCACAGUUCGAAAUCUGCCUCCAGAAGUCAUCUUGGAAGCCAUUAAAUUGCCUGAGUUUGUUCAGCAAAUGGCGACCCUGCCCUCUCCUCUGAAAAUGGCAUUUGUGGAAAAGAUUUCCUCCAGUGUAGGCCACCCUGCUGACCUGGUUAAAUAUAUCCCUGAUGCUCUGGCCAGUUAUAUUCCAAAAUCAUUGCUUGUUUUUGAGGAAGAGAAGCCCAGUGUUCAGGAUUUCAACAGUAAAAUGUGGACCCGAGAACAGGCUGCCAUGUUCUUCAAUGAUGUGAUAAAGACAGAGCCUGACUUCACCAGUCUCUCCCAGUCGGUCCUCCAAGGCUUCACCUGUGCAGCUGCACGUGAGCUGGACGCAGAAAGCCUUCAGGACCUGGCCAAAGCCAUGAAGGAGAAGAAUGUCGAGCUAGGAGAAGACCAGCUGAGCUGCUUAGUGAAGAUGGUGACACUGAAUGGGAUUCCCAAGGAUUUAGAUAACUAUCCUAAAGAUGUGUUGCUAUUUUUAAGUCCUUCAGACUAUGCAGCAACAGGGAGCUGUCGGCAGUACUUUGCUGAAAUCGGGAGAGCAAAUCUGCAUGUUCUGCAAAAAGAGUCGUCCCAGCGGAAACAGCUGCUCUUGGAAGCAUUAGCAUGUCUGAAAAUCCCUGGCACGCAAGUGAACACAGAAAAUACAGAGAUUCUGGGACGUCUGGUCUGUGACCUGGGUGGAGAAUACAUUAGAAGUUCUGGUGGGAAUUUGCUGAAGCAGUUAAGCCGGUGUGAAUCUUUCCUGCCCGAUCAAGAAGAAGCCAUUAGGAGCGUCGUCAUUGGUGGUAACACUACGUUUGGGCCUCCUGCAGCAUGGUCAGCUUUUACCUUGAAUGAGCUCAGUGGAUUGAUUCCUGUCUUCGAUCACAGUAUCCUGCAGCAGAUCCCCAAGAAAGCUUUAACUGUUUGGCUGAAAAACUUUGCACACGAUUCGCCCCUGUCCAGGAAACAGGUGGCCGCUGUUGUCCAGGAGCUCCUGCCCACGAGGCACAAGCGUGCUGACGGUUGCCCAGCUGGCAAGCAGGUAACAGAGGAGGUUCUUAACGAUGACACAAUGCCUAUUUACUACACACCUGAGGAGUUACGUGCUUGCCUGAAGAACGUCUCUCUGGAGAACCACCUCUCUCAGAUACUGACCUACCCAUUCAGUGUUCAGCAAUUAGCUGUGCUGAAGGAGAAUCUGGAUGAGACAUAUCCUGAUGGGUAUCCUGAAAGUCUGCUUCGCAACCUGGGACCCCUCAUGGAUUUUAUCACCCCAAAGGACGUUGCCAAAUGGAAGAUAACUUCAGCUGACACACUGGCUUUCUUGCUAAGAAAUGAGCCCCCUAAUGAUCAGGCUUCAGCAAUAAUUAGACGAUAUAUUGACUUGGGAAACCCCUUGAAUGCCACUGCACUGAAUGCAAUUGGUACAAGAUAUGUGUGCCUUCUAAAUGCGACUGAUUUGAACAUGAUAGACCCCAACAGCUUGAAGCUGGCAUCUCUGAAUCUUUCAGCCUGUUCGCAGACUACGAAAGACAUCUUGUAUGUUAAAGCCAAACGUGCUUUCUCAGACCAGCACAAUACACCUGCUUAUUAUCAGCUUAUUGUACCAUAUCUAGGGGGUGCUCCUGGUGUGGAUCUCCAAGCUCUAAGCAAGGACAAUGUGAACAUGAAUGUUAGUACUUUGGCGGGGUUAAGAAGCGACGCUUUGAUGAGCCUGACACCUUCUGAGGUUCAGGGCUUGCUGGGGAUGAAUCUUGCUGAUCUGAAGAAGUGGCAGUACAAGCCUCCCAUCUGGGACUGGAUCCAGGUGCAGAAACAAUCAGAACUGAAUAAACUGCAGAUUGGGCUCACUGGGGGAACGCAGGAAGGCUACAUCAACAUCGUCACACCCAAAUUUCAGACACCAUCCUCAGCCCCUCUGGGUCCUGUGGCCAUGAUGUUCCACCUCCUGCCUGCUCUGCUUACCAGUUUCCUGAUCAUGUCAGUUUUAUCUUGAAAAUGUUUCUCGGGAGAAAGCAGGAUGAGGGGGGACCAGCCUGUGACCUGUCGUGAGACCUUUGGGGACAGCCACGCGGGGGUGAGGGGUGCUCAGUGCAAGCAGGCAACGUAUACAGCCCAGUGUUCGCUUUCAGGUACUUUUAUCUUUCAAAUCACUCAAAAAAAAGAAAAAAUCAGUGUUCUGUCUGAAGGGAAGAUUUCAGACACUUCAGAGCAGGAUCUUUGCCUUUUGUACAGACCAAGCCUAGGUAAGCCCGAGUCAUAUUAUUGCAACACAAACUGUGUCAGUAUUUUACUGCGCAACCCUGGUGGGUUUAAGGGUGAGCAAAUGGGCUGUUCCGCAUGUUAAUGACGAAGUUUCUCAAAGAACCUCAUCUCUUGACACUGCCAGGAUCUCUGAGUGGGAGUGAAAUUUCCCAGCUGGUUGUAAAUAAAUAAUGGAACUAAGUAAAAAAUACCAGAAGCAAAUUGA